AUCAGACCAAAACUUCUUCACUCUGCAUCCAACAUGGUGUUCUGGAUUACGUUGCUGCUGUGCUCUCUCCUGAGCCCCCAGCAGACCCUCUGUCUGGCUGAGCAGGGGGACUCCUGCCAGCCGCUCAGCGUCAGCUUCUGCCAGGGGGUGGGCUACACUUCCUCCACACACCCAGGAGGCUCUCCAGGCUUCGACAUGCAGCAGCUGCGUCAGAUCGUGGAGACCACGUGUUCGCCGUUGAUCCAGACCUUGGUGUGUCGAGUUGCCGUUCCCGAGUGCCGCUCUGCGGGGGACACAAAGCCGUGCCGUGCACUGUGCGACAGAGUGAAGACCGAGUGUGAGCCUGCCCUCCGAGCACGGCUGCUGUCUUGGCCUGCUGCCAUCCAGUGUGACAGUCUGCCUGCGUCCAACUGUGUGCAGGCUGGCGACCAGGGUUCUCCAUCGCCGUGCCAGGCCAUCACGGUGUCGCUCUGCAGAGACCUUCCUUACACCGAGACGCUGCUCCCCAACGUUCGAGGCCACCACACUCAAGAGGAAGUGAAUCAGGAGGUGUCUCAGUUUUCCCCUCUGGUCAAGGUCCAGUGCUCCGCUCAGCUGAAGACCUUCCUCUGCUCCGUCUACACUCCUGAGUGCGUGUCUGGCCGAGCCCGUCCUCCCUGCAAAACCCUGUGUGAGAAGGCUCGCUCUGACUGCUCCCCCAUCUUGAACAAGUUUGGGUUCCAGUGGCCCGACGCACUCAGGUGCGAGGCCUUCACCACCGAAUCCUGCAAGCACUUUGACCUGGUGUCUCCAGCAUCCCCUCCGCUGUGCCAAGCCAUCACGGUGCCGCUGUGCAAAGACCUUCCUUACUCUGACACGGUGUUCCCCAACAUCCUAGGCCACCGGACUCAAGAAGACGCGGGUCUAUUUGUGAGUCAGUUCUACCCUGUUGUGCAGGUGCAGUGCUCUGCUCACCUGAAGACCUUCCUCUGCUCCGUCUACACUCCUGAGUGCGUGUCUGGCCGAGCCCGUCCUCCCUGCAGAACCCUGUGUGAGCAGGCUCGCUCUGACUGCUCCCCUAUCUUGAACAAGUUUGGGUUCCAGUGGCCUGAAACCCUCAGGUGCGAGUCCUUCACUACCGAGUCCUGCCAGCACUAUGGCGUCAGCACCAGCGGGGGCAUCUGUGAGCCAAUCAACAUUCCCAUGUGCCAGGGCUUGUCUUACAACCAGACCAUAUCCCCAAACCUCCUGGGUCACCGCAGCCAGAGGGAGGCAGCGGUCAAGAUGUCCUUCUUUAACUCCAUCGUGGAGAACCUCUGUGGUGCAGAUGUGCGCUUCCUGCUGUGUCUGGUGUACGCCCCCCAGUGUGUGGCGGGAGAGGUGCGGAGGCCGUGCAGGUCCUUCUGCCAGCGAGCCAAGAGCAGCUGUGACCGUCUCAUGAAGAACUUUGGUGUCUCCUGGCCUGAGGAGCUGAAGUGCGACCUCUUUCCAGAGGAGUCCUGCUUGUCCGAGGACAACGGCUCUGAGGUUCUCAGUGCUGAGGCGGUUCUGCGCAAGCUGAACUCAGGAGGAUUUUCUGUCCGUGGAAAAUCUCUGAGCCUGCGCACGGCACGAUUGCUGCUCACCCUUGUGGAUGAGGACGGGUCCGGGGACGUCAGUGUGCUGGAAUUCUUCAGACUGGAGCAUUUUGUGGCUGCGAGCAGGAGGGAGUACAUGGAGCAGUAUGAGAGGAGGAGUCCUCCGUCUCUGAGUCGAGAGCAGAUGCAGAAGCUGCUGCAGGACCGAGGAUUCCAGCUGGACGAUGAGUCCUUCAAGGUUCUGUGGCUGGACUACAGCUCGGCAGGGGGCCUGGACUACGACCCGUUUGUGGCAGUUCUGACAAAACUCCACGUCCUGAGAGAUCGUUUUCAGGCUCGUCUGAUGAAGUUGCCAUGUGACUGCGAGAUCGCCAGCUUCUCUCUGCAGCAGUUCUUGAAGUCAUCAAUCAUCUGAUGGAGUGAAACAGUUGUCUGGAGUCGAGUCAACAUGUUGUGCACAAUAAAACUUAUAACAGA